CCCGCCAUGUCCGCCUCCCAAGAGCACACCCACCAGCACGGCGAGUGUCCCGUCACCGGCAAGAAAAACGGCUUCUGUCCCGCACAAACGGGCGACAGCCGCUCCCCCUGCCCCGCCCUCAACACCCUCGCCAACCACGGCUACAUUCCCCGCGACGGCAAAUGCAUCACCCCCCACGUCCUCAUGCACGGCCUCCGCAAGGGCUACCGCCUCUCCGCGCCCCUCGCCUGGGUCCUCGUCCACGGCGGCUUCUACCUCCUCGGCCAGCGCCGUCAGCGCAUCUGCCUCCACGACCUCUCCCGCCACAUGUGCAUCGAGCACGACGCGUCCCUCGUCCACCCCGACGUCGAGCACCGCGACGAGUACGCCCCCAUCCACGUCCACAAGGACAUGCUCGAGGGCCUCAUGGCCUUCUCCGCCGACGGCCACCUCAUGACGCCCGACGACAUCGCCCGCGCCCGCGUCCUCCGCGAGGCCGAGUACCUCAAGCCCAUGGACCGCCUCCACGCCGAGAUCGCCCGCGGCGAGAUGGCCAUCGUCAUGCACCUCUUCAACAACCCCGCUCCCGAUCCCUCCCUCCCCGCGCACCCGCCCUCGUUCCUCGGCAAGCUCAAGCGCUUCUUCAAGGGCAAGUGCUCCGCGUCGGGCCAGCACCACGCGCAGCCGCUCCCCGGCGUCCCGCUCGACCUCCUCCGUGUGUGGCUGCACGAGGAGCGCCUGCCGGACGGCUGGGAGCCGUACCACCACACGGGCCUCGUCCACACGUUCGAGAUGUCGACGCGCAUCCGCACGGAGAUGAACAAGCUCGCGAAGGAGGUCGCAAAGGAGAAGGCGCUGCUGCGCUCCAGCACGGAGGCGGAGCAAGAGGUCAUCGCCGCCGCCGUCACCGCCGCGCCCGACGAGCCGCCGUUUGGCAUUGUUCUCGAGCAGGGCGAGAUCGGCGACGAGCCUCUCAGUGACCCGCCGCGCCACCAUCACCAUCACCAUCAUCACCAACCCUCGCCGUCAGGGACGCUCAGGAGCACGGCAUCGACGAGCAGCUCGGCCUCGGCCAGUCUACAAGUAGAGACACCUAUCACUCCCGACGCCGCGGUGCCGCAGACGAUCCUCGAGCUUCCCGUCCUAACAGACUCGCCGCUCGACUCGCCGCAGGUUGAAGAAAAGAUCACCGUGAUCACCAAGCUGCGCCCCGUGCGCGAUAUCUCGUACUCGGCGGGCAGCGAAGGGGAGCUGGAGGGCGUCGCGGAGUUGCCGAGGGUCGCGGUUGCCGCGUGUUAAAAGCGCGACUCAUUAUCUACAUAUAUAUUCGUCUUUCUUUUCCCCAUGCAUUACUACGAGUCGACUCCGCAUUUCCAUCGCAUCAUACCAUACUACAGCCUCUAGUCUUGUAUCAUUGUCCGCACUCUGCUUGUUCUUUGUACCCAAUCUCACCGCAGUAUGUCAACGACUUCUAUUACACCCUA